AGUCAUGUGAUAUGGAGGAACUUAAAUCUGAUUUGCAUGAUAAAGUUAUUGCCAAGUUGAAUAAAAAUAUAAUUGUGAAACAGGAGUUAAAGCAACAGUUAUCAUCACUUGCAUAUACAUCUAAGUCAGAUCAAACUUCAGAAGGAUAG